AUGGGCAAGAUCGCGGUGAUCGCCAAGAAGGUUUGGAGCCUUCGUAAAAGCAUCGUAGUCUGCCUGGGGCCUCUGGUACUUUCACCGAUUCUAUUUACCGCCCCUCCGAAGGAGGGAAAAUGUCUCUAUGUGAUCCUUCUCAUGGCAACCUACUGGUGCACAGAAGCUUUGCCAAUUGCUGUGACAUCUCUGCUUCCCAUUAGUCUUUUUCCUCUACUUGGUAUCUUACCAUCUGCCAAGGUCUGUCCUCAGUACUUUCUUGACACCAAUGCUCUCUUCUUGAGUGGUCUGAUCUUGGCAUUGGCGAUUGAGGAGUGGAAUCUGCACCGUCGAAUAGCAUUGUCGGUCCUCUUAAUUGUGGGAGUGUCUCCAUCCAUGCUUAUCCUGGGAAUGAUGAUAACCACAGCUUUUUUGUCCAUGUGGCUUAGUAACACUGCCACUACUGCCAUGAUGAUGCCGAUAGCCAAUGCAGUGCUCCAAAGUUUAUUUGGCACCAUGGAAGUCACCGAAAAGUCUAUUAACCUUAAAGGCGGCAUAGAUGGCUUUGACCCUAAAGAUAAUACUUCAAAGGAUUCAUUACCCAAUGAGGUGUCAUGUUUUAUUUCUGAUGACAGCGGUAGCCAUCCACAGAAGUUGGAGACUGAUGUUAACUUUACAUUAGCCCAACAGAAGAAAGAGAAGGAGAGCCAGAAGAGACUCUGGAAGGGCUUCCUUAUCUGCAUACCUUACGCUGCAAGUAUCGGAGGCACCGCCACACUAACUGGGACAUCACCAAACAUGUUGCUACUUGGACACCUGAAAAAUCAUUUCCCUGGUUGCAACGUGGUGAACUUUGCAUCCUGGUUUAUGUUUUGCUGUCCUCUAGCAAUCCUGUUCCUGUUCAUCGGUUGGUUGUGGAUCGCUUUCCUAUAUGGAGGGCUCAACCCAAGGUCAUGGAAUUUGAAGAAAACCAUUAGCACUGAGUCUCAAGCCAGAGUGAAGACUAAAAUACAGGGUGAUUACGACAAACUGGGGCCCUUAACGUUUGCAGAAGGUGCUGUUUCCGUGUUCUUCGCCUUCUUUGUGGUUCUACUUCUUGCAAGAGAUCCAAAAUUCAUUCCUGGAUGGGCUACUUUUUUCCAAAAAGGAUAUGUGUCAGAUGCGGUGACUGGAAUGUCAUUCGUUAUUACAUUGUGCUUCUUUCCAUCUCAAAAGCCCUCACUGAAGUGGUGGUUUGACCCAAAAGCCUCAAGAAUAAUGAAUCCACCCCUGCUCAGCUGGAAGAAAAUCCAGAGAGAUUUACCCUGGAAUGUGAUCAUACUGCUCGGAGGAGGGUACGCAAUAGCAAAAGGGUGUGAGGUUUCAGGCCUGUCCAUCUGGUUCGGCAGCCAGCUUCAGCCAUUGGUGAACAUCAAGCCAACCACAGCUAUCAUCCUGAUCUGCUUGCUGAUCACGUGUUUCACCGAAUUUGCCAGCAACACUGCCACGAUUGUAAUAAUGUUACCAGUUGUGUCAGAAUUGGCGGUGCAGUUGAAGGUGAAUCCUCUCUUCCUGAUGAUCCCUGCAACCGUUGUAGCUUCCUAUGCUUUCAUGCUUCCGAUAUCAACACCUCCAAACUCAAUUGCUUUUGCUACGGGCUUUCUAAAGGUCAGCGAUAUGGUAAAAUCUGGGGUCCUCAUGAACAUUUUGGGCAUCCUCCUACUCUUGCUGGCUAUAAACACCUGGGGUCUGUACGUGUUCGAACUGUCAACUUUUCCUGACUGGGCCAGGAUCCACACAGAGGGCAUCCAGAAUGUCACUAUGAUCUCCCUGAAUGGAACUAUGUAAUACAGGACACUGUGAGACAUCGAGUCACAAAACCUCCAAGGCCAAUGGCAUAAUGUUGCUGAAAGUGAACCAACUGUCGAGAAAUUAGAUUG